GCGGAUGAGUAAUGCAUCCAGGAAGCCUGGAGGCCUGCGGUUUCCGCACCACUGCCACCCCGCCCCUCCCGUGGACAUUUAUCCUCCGCGCUCCGACCCUGGCUCACACUGCUGCCACCACCGCAGACCCAACACCUAGAAGGCUACAACCAGAGAAGCCACCAUGGCCCCCUCUGCACGCCUGGCCUCUGGCAUCCUGCUGCUGCUGUGGCUGACAGUCCCCAGCAAGGCCUGUACCUGUGCCCCACCCCACCCGCAGAUGGCCUUCUGCAGCUCUGACAUUGUCAUCAGGGCCAAGUUCUUGGGGACUGCAGAAGUCAACCAGACCACCUUUUACCAGCGUUAUGAGAUCAAGAUGACCAAGAUGUUCAAAGGGUUCAGCGUCUCGGGGGAUGCGUCUGAUAUUCGCUACGUCUACACCCCAGCCAUGGAGAGUCUCUGCGGAUACUUCCACCGGUCCCAAAACAGCAGCGAGGAGUUUCUCAUCGCGGGACGACUUUGGAAUGGGCAACUGUACAUCACUACCUGCAGUUUGGUGGUUCCCUGGCACAGUUUGAGCUUCGCUCAGCGCCGGGGCUUCACCAGCGCCUACGCUGCUGGCUGUGAGGAAUGCACAGUGUUUCCCUGUUCAUUCAUCCCCUGCAAACUGCAGAGUGACACUCACUGCUUGUGGACGGACCAGCUCCUUGAAGGCUCUGAAAGGGGUUUCCAGAGCCGCUACCUUGCCUGCCUGCCACGGGAGCCAGGGCUGUGCACCUGGCAGUCCCUGAGGCCCCGAACAGCCUGAAUCCUGCCCCCAUCAGAAACUGUUCACUGUUCACCCCUUUUCCCACUCCUGUCUUUCUUUCUUCAAGACAAUGAAAUAAAGAACUACCACUUGG